AAUUAUGUUUAAUACAUGUCAUUUAUUUCCACAGGUCUCUAUGGCUUCCUUGACGACAAAACUAAUAAGCUAUCCAUCCUGAGCAUACCUCUGGCUCAUAAGAAGUCCACUGUGGUGUUCUUUAUGCCCCACCAUGUGGAAUCUCUGGAAAGGCUGGAGAAGCUGCUGACCCAGAAGCAGCUGGAUAAGUGGAUGGGUGCGCUGAAGCAGACAGCAGUAGCUGUGUCUCUGCCCAAAGUCAGCAUGGAAGUCAGUCAUAACCUGCAGAAACACCUCUGGGAGUUGGGCCUGACAGAUGCUGUAAACAAAUCCAAAGCUGACUUUUCCAAAAUGUCUGGGAAGAAGGACCUCUACUUGUCCAGUGUGUUCCACGCCUCAGCCUUGGAAUGGGACACUGAUGGAAACGAAAUGGACACGAGUAUCUUCGGCACAGACAAGCUGAAAGACCCCAAACUGUUCUACGCAGACCACCCUUUCAUCUUCCUCGUGAAGGAUGAGAGCACCAAGUCAAUCCUCUUCCUCGGCAGGAUGGUCCGGCCAAAGGGUGACAAGAUAAGAGAUGAAUUGUAACCAUAUAAAGUAAAGCUUAACGGUGUGUGUAUUUUUUGUCUAUAUGUUUUAUUUCGCACUAGAGCAUUCCUUCACAUCACAGGCGGACAGCAUUCCACAAGACACGGCUAAAGAGAUGUGUUUAAAUAUUUCAUCCUGUGUUUAGUUAGCAAAGCCUUUUUCACACCUAUCCUUUUUAUCUUGAUGAGUAUUUAAUAUCACUAUGUCCCAUUUUAGUUUGCAUUGGCAGCACACAAUACCCACUGAAAACUUAAUUCAAUAGGAUCAUCAUGAUUAUUGCAUAAAAUGUAAAUGUAUUGGUAUUGUGCCAGCACAAAAAUGGUCUCAGUCUUAAUAUUUGUUUGUAAAAGCUGUACAAUAAUCUUAUUUUUGUAGAGCUGUGCAGUGUGAUCCAAAAAGUUUGUAAAGCACACUACUUUUUUAUGUGUCAACUCCAAGGACGUUCACAAUUUCUCGCACAUCCUUUGCACUGCUUUCAACCAAAAGUUCUACAAUAUUUAUAUUUGACCAAGAGGCUGAAA